AAAGAAAAACUUUAUGACAAUAAACCAAAGUGUCUCGCAACAAUUGAGCCACUACGUGCAAGUAUGCAUGCAGCUCCCAUUAGUGAGAAUUAUCACUUUCUCACUCUCUCAAUCACCAUUUCCUCUCCAUUUCCUAUUUCUUAUGGGAUGUUACUCGAUCUGUUGUGAUUAUUAUGACAGGAAAAUUAUAAUGCCGAUUUAAUGCCUAAAGUUAACAUUUUUUUCUGCAUCAACCUUUUUUUGAAGGAUUAUCAUUAACCCUUGAGACAGAUGGAGUUCUUGUGCUGGAACCGCCCAUCUCCCGAAGAUCAAAAGAAAUGCACUAACAAGUGUAACUCAUUUAACUAUGGCAAUGAAUACAGAGGAGCCACGGCAAAUCCAGCUUUUUUACUAAAGCAAGACAAAGAACUUGCCAAAAACGGCUUCUUUGUUAAUCAUUCCUGUGUUCUAGUUGGUUCUGGAUCUAAGACUUUUGAAAAGGGGAAAAGUGCCCUUCAAUGUUGGAGGCAUUUCAGUUUGGAUUGGACAUUUGUGGAUCCAACGACUAGGAUCAAGGUCGGGGAGAAGUUCUGCGUUUGCGUGAAGGAAUUCUUCCCUUGGCUUAUGAUGCCUUUACAAGUGGUGUAUGUCAAUGAAGAAAGGAAUAAGAAAGGCAAGGCGAUGGCGUCCUUCGGUUUUGGCAGUGGGACUCUUCAAGGGCACUUCUUGGCCGGGGAAGAGCGCUUCUCAAUUGCUUUGGAUGAGAACGACAACGUAUGGUACGAAAUACUGUCCAUUUCCAAGCCGGCAAAACUUCUGUCGUUUGUCGGGUACCCUUACGUGCUUUUUCGACAAAAAUACUUUGCUCAUCAAUCUAGUAAUGCUCUUAGGAAAUGCCUGAAACCUUAGCUUUAUCAUGUGUCAACUAUCCUUAUUAUGCUUCACCUGUCUUUUUUACCCUAUCCCAAAGGGUAAGUGCACCCUUUUACAUUCGUGUAUUGUAUGGCAUUUUUCCUUGUCAAAAGUUUACUGAUAGAUGGAUUUGGAUUUCAGUUAAGGCCUGUAGGGACUAAAAUGUUUUUUUUUUUUAAAUGAACUCAGAAAAAAUUA